ACCACUGACGCAAGGAAGAUAGCGAGCGAAAGGGCGAGAGGAAGAGGGUCUACUCGUGUUUCGCAAUCAUCAUGGUUUCUGCGCUUGUGAGGGCGGCGGUACGGCGGCCGGCGGCGGCGGCGGCUUCUUCGGCCCGUCGCAGCAUGAGCGGCGACGCCGCACACGCAGCCGAGGAGAUGGCCAAGUGGAAAAAGAUGACGGCCGGCAUGGGGGUUUUGAGCUUGGCCGUGACCACCCUGGUGCUGGCCACCGAGGAGCACCACCACAGGGACGAAGACGCCCCCAUUCCGUCGUACAUGAAGAUCCGCAACAAGCCGCACCCGUGGAACUGUGCCGACUGCACGCUGCUCGACUCGGCAUGCUUCGCCAAGUGCAAGGCGGAGCGCGAGGGGUAAAAAAAAAAACAUACGGAGGCGUUCUUGUUCAUCGGUGGGAGGCGCUAACAAGGAGCGAUUUUUAGUUGUUUAAGAGGCGUUACGGGGAGUUUUUUUGCGGCACGCGCUUGCAAACACCAUGAAACCGGUAUGAAUGGGGUUGUUUUGUGCGGUGUUGAUAUUCUUGCGGUGGGCAGCACGUUUGGCCCGUUUCAGGUUUGUAGUUUUCACGUACGUAUGGCUACGGGACAAUCUCGGCGUAGCGAUAGUUGCUGCGAACGGGCGACGUGC